GUGCGCCGCCGUUUGGAAUACAGCCCCAGUUUUCUCCCACUGAUUUUUUUUCCUCCUCUUGUCAGGACGUCGUGUGUGUCUGCGCUUAUUUGAAGGCUGUUUCUUUCUAGUUUAUUUCGCGUUUUUGUGUAAUAACAAGUUAAUAACGUAGUUUACAAGUCAGGAGUCAGUGGAGAGAUUAAUCUCCCACUCACGAACUGCUUCCGAGCGGAAGAUGGCGGUCGGGAUGCUGACCCAGGCUGGAUUCCGAGGCCGAAUCCCAAACGGCUCGGUAUUGGACGCUUGAGUGUGCUUCGUAGCGCGCGGAAUGUAUUUGUGUCACACCCUAUCUAGGGGCACUCCAGAGGGCGUCAGGGAGGCGUUGAGGACGCAGCCCGACAGCGGGGUCUUCCUAGCCCUGGAUAGCUAGGCUGAGGAAAAAGCUGGGCAAUUAUGUUGGAGUUUUGAUGAGUUGUUCCUCGGGAAGGACAGGGAUGGUUUUAAAGGGGUUUUUUAACACCUUUUUGUUGUCUUCAGACAUUGUUUUUCUGCUCCUGGAGACUCCGAGGCGACUUUUCUUUGCGUUAUUCUUCAGAUUCACAUUACAUUACGGCUAGCUCUCCCAUAGGUCACUGAGACACACAGACAGAAAAGUGGAUUAAAAUGUCGGAUACGAAGGUAAAAGUCGCUGUCCGAGUCCGGCCCAUGAACCGCAGGGAGAUUGAGCUGAGCACCAAGUGUGUGGUGGAAAUGGAGGAGAACCAGACCAUCCUGCUCCCUCCACCUUCCAACACCAAGGGAGAAAACAGGAAGCAGCCCAAGGUGUUCGCCUUCGACCACUGUUUCUGGUCCAUGGACGAGUGCAACAUCCCCAAAUAUGCAGGUCAGGAGGUGGUCUUCAGGUGUUUGGGUGAGGGGAUCCUGGAGAACGCCUUUCAGGGAUACAACGCCUGCAUAUUCGCCUACGGACAAACAGGCUCUGGGAAGUCGUACUCCAUGAUGGGGAGUGUUGAUCAGCCCGGUUUAAUCCCGCGUCUCUGCUGCUCGCUGUUCGAGAGAGUGGGCCGUGAGCAGAACGACUCACACACCUUUAAAGUAGAAGUUUCCUACAUGGAGAUCUACAACGAGAAGGUCAGAGACCUGCUGGACCCCAAAGGGAAUCGUAAGUCUCUGAAGGUGAGGGAACACAAGGUUCUGGGUCCGUAUGUAGACGGUUUGUCUCAGCUGGCUGUAACGAGUUUCCAGGAUAUUGAUUGUGUGAUGUCAGAGGGUAAUAAGUCUCGUACCGUCGCUGCUACGAACAUGAACGAGGAGAGCAGCCGAUCUCACGCCGUCUUCAGCAUCAUCAUCACACAGACUCUAUACGACCUGCAGUCUGGGAACUCGGGUGAGAAGGUGAGUAAGGUGAGUCUGGUGGAUCUGGCAGGCAGCGAGCGUGUGUCUAAAACCGGAGCAGCGGGCGAGAGGCUAAAGGAGGGCAGCAACAUCAACAGAUCUCUGACCACUCUGGGUUGUGUGAUAUCGGCUCUGGCGGAUCAGUCAGCAGGAAAAGCCAAGAACAAGUUUGUCCCAUACAGAGACUCAGUGCUCACCUGGCUGCUGAAGGAUAAUCUGGGCGGGAACAGUAAGACGGCCAUGAUCGCCACGGUGAGUCCGGCGGCGGAUAAUUACGAGGAGACGCUGUCCACGCUGCGCUACGCAGACCGCGCCAAGAGGAUCGUCAACCACGCCGUGGUCAACGAGGACCCCAACGCUCGCAUCAUCCGGGAACUGAGAGAGGAAGUGGAGAAGCUGAGGGUGCAGCUCACUCAGGCUGAGUCUCUGAAAGCCCCCGAGCUGCAGGAGAAGCUGCAGGAGUCGGAGAAGCUCAUCCAAGAGAUGACCGUCACCUGGGAGGAGAAACUCAGGAAGACCGAGGAGAUCGCACAGGAGAGACAGAAGCAGCUGGAGAGUAUGGGAAUCUCUCUGGAGUCCUCAGGGAUUAAGGUUGGAGAGGAUAAGUGUUUCCUGGUCAACCUGAACGCUGACCCCGCCCUCAACGAGCUGCUCGUUUAUUAUCUGAAGGAGCACACCCGUGUCGGAGCGGACACGUCUCAGGACAUCCAGCUGUUUGGUAUCGGGAUUCAGCCGGAGCACUGCGUCAUAGAUAUCGCUCCCGACGGAGACGUCACACUCUGUCCUGUAGAAAACGCCAGAACAUGUGUGAAUGGGACUACAGUCUACUCCACGGUUCACCUCUGGCACGGAGAUCGCAUCUUAUGGGGCAAUAAUCACUUUUUCAGAGCGAACCUGCCGAAGCGUAAGCGGCGUGACCGUUUGAAGGAUUUGGAGCGCGAGUCUCCCCGCUCGAGCUUCGUGGACGUGGACGUGGAGACGGCGAGCGAGGCUUCGUCUGAGCAGGACUACAGCUACGAGUUCGCUCAGAUGGAGGUCAUGAUGAAAACGCUGGGGAGUAACGAUCCUGUGCAGAAUGUGGUUCAGGUGCUGGAGAAGCAGUAUCUGGAGGAGAAGCGCUCGGCGUUAGAGGAGCAGCGCCUGCGUUACGAGCGAGAGCUGGACCUGCUCCGCCAGCAGCUUUCUCCGGAAAGAUCCUCCCAGCACCACCAACGCAGCAACAGCGACCGCCUCACCUUCCCCACACACACCAAGAUGCGCCUGUGGACCGAGGACAGGGACGAGCUCUUCCGGCAGAGUUUGUCCCGGCUGCGAGAGCAGGUGCUUCGUGCUAACACGCUUGUCCGAGAGGCUAACUUCCUGUCGGAGGAGAUGGGCAAACACACCGACUACCAGGUGACGCUGCAGAUCCCUGCUGCACACCUGAGCGCCAAUCGCAAGCGAGGAGCAAUCGUGAGCGAGCCGGCCAUCCAGGUGCGUCGCAAAGGGAAAGGCACGCAGGUGUGGACCAUCGAGAAGCUGGAGAACAAACUGGUGGACAUGAGGGACCAGUACAGGGAGUGGAAGGAAGGAGGACGGGACGCGCCCGCUAAGCCGCCCAGCAAGUACGCCGACCCGUUCUACGAAGCCCAGGAGAACCACAACCUGAUCGGCGUAGCCAACGUUUUUCUAGAGUGCCUCUUUCAGGAUGUCAAGCUUCAGUACGCAGUUCCCAUCAUCAGCCAGCAGGGGGAGGUGGCGGGCCGGCUGCAUGUGGAGCUGAUGCGAGUGUGUGGGGCGGUGCCAGAGCGUCUGGUGGGCGGAGACGACUCGUCUGAGAAUUCGAGUGAGAGCGGCAGCUACGAGGUGAUGGACACCAACGGAGACAUCGUCCACAUGGCCAAGAAACUCACCUGCAGGGUCCGGAUCCGUAAAGCGACCGGUUUGCCGCUCAACCUGUCCAACUUUGUUUUUUGUCAGUACAUGUUCUGGGAGCAGGCGGAGCCCGCUGUGGCCCCGCCCAUGGUCAGCCCAGACAUGCCUCCUUCUCGUACUGCGGAUGCGCAGUUUACUGUAUUGUUUGAUCACUGCAAGGACUUCGUGGUUCACGUCUCCGAUGAGUUUGUAGAGUUUAUCUCAGAUGGAGCGUUGGCCAUCGAGGUGUGGGGGCAUCGCUGUGCGGGGAACGGACACGCCCACUGGGAACUGAACACACUGCAAGCCAGGACACGCACACUCCGGGACAGGUGGAGUGAGGUGUCGCGCAGGAUUGAGAUGUGGGUGUCCAUACAGGAGCUGAACGAGCAGGGCGUGUACUCCGCCGUGGAGCUCCACCCCAACAGAGACAUCAGCACCGGGGGCGUGUUCCAGCUGAGACAGGGUCACUCUCGGAGGCUGCAGGUGUGUGUGAAGCCGGUGCAGCACUCGGGGACGUUGCCGCUGUUAGUGGAGGCUGUCCUGUCUGUCUCUAUCGGCUGUGUGUCUGCUCGAUCCGCUAAACUCCAGAGAGCCCUCGACAGCUACCAGAGGGAGGAGGAUGACGAUAUGGAUAGUUAUCAGGAAGAGGAUCUGAACUGCGUGCGUGAGCGCUGGUCCGAGGCGCUCGUCAAACGCCGCGAGUAUCUGGACGAACAAUUAAAAAAGAUCAUGAACAAAUCAGAGAAGUCUGAGGAGGAUGUGGAGAGGGAGGCGCGGUUAGUGGAGCAGUGGGUGGGGCUAACUGAGGAGCGAAACACUGUGUUGGUCCCAGCACCUGGCAGUGGCAUCCCUGGAGCUCCUGCUCAGUGGGCGCCCCCUUCAGGCAUGGAGGCUCACGUCCCUGUUUUGUUUCUGGACCUGAACGCUGAUAAUCUGACGGUGAGCGAGCAGCUGACCGGGUCACACGCCGCCGGGGUCAACUCCAUCCUCCCUAAAGAACACGGCAGCCAGUUCUUCUACCUUCCCAUCAUCAAACACAGUGAUGACGAGGUCUGUGUAACGUGCUCUUGGGAUUCGUCCAUUCACGACUCUAUCUACCUGAACCGCGUGACCGCGCCUGGCGAGCGAGUCUACCUGAUCAUCAAAGCCACGGUGCAGCUCAGCCACCCGGCCAGCAUGGAGCUCGUCCUGCGCAAGAGGAUCGCCGUCAACAUCUACAACAAACAGAGCUUCACACAGAGUCUGAAGAGGAGAAUGUCUCUGAAAAACAUGCUGCACUCCUGUGGAGUUAUGUAUGAAAUCGUCUCCAACAUACCAAAGGCGUCUGAGGAGCCGGAGGAGAGGGAGACGCUGGCAUUAAUGGCGGCGCGCAGUGAAGCCGAGGAGACGCAGGAUGGAGAGACGUACAUCGAGAAAUACACGAGAGGAGUUCUGGAGGUGGCGAAUAUCCUGUGCCUCGAGAGACUGCGACAGGCGGUGACGGUGAAAGAAGCGCUCUCAGUUAAAAGCAGACACAUACGGAGAAGCCUGAGUUCUCCCAACGUCCAGCAUACCUCAUGUUGUAAGUCAGACGUGAUGGCGUGUGGUGAAGAUGGCGAAGACCCCAAAGGUCACUGUGAGGUUCAACACGAUGCCUCGGACUGCUCUCAUCACGACACGGCGGUCUCCAUGGCAACCACAAAAGACACGCCGCUAAAAAGCAAGGAGAAUCACGGCUCGGUUCCGGACAGUCCAACGUUCUUCAACUCGAGUCCGUUUAAAGCGCUCUCGCCUCAGCCGCCCAAGUUCCUCAAAUCUCUCAUGCCUGUUCGGGAGGAGAGCAAAGCCAAGCGCGUGCUAGAAGCUCGGCCUCUGCUGGGGCAGGAGAGCAUGCGCUGGUUAGUGGCUCGGGGUGGCCCCUGGCUCCGCCCACGGGCUCGGAGUGAGGGCCACUGCAGCACGACAAACCACACCCACCUCAGAGUCACACCUACACACACUGCUGAUUCGGAAGAGGAGGAGCCCGAGGUGGGCCACUGCGCUGUUCCCACCUCUGUUUCUCUCCGUCACUUCCGAGCGUACAUCCCUGAGGACUUCGCCAACUUCGAGGUGUACAACGCCAGCCUGUGCGGGGGCGGAGACUUCCCGUCGGGCGUGGCCUCGUUGCCUGGGGGUGGAGGGGCGGAGAAGGGAGUGUCUCGCAGUCCUACGGCAAGCAGCUGUACGAGCGGAUAUUUCUCCCACAGCACCUCCAACGCCACGCUUUCAGACACGCCCUUCUCCGGCAGCGAGAGUUCGGAUCGUCUCAGCGUGGGCUCCAGAGACGCCGCCGAGCUCCAGGAGCACGCCAGAAACUCCCUGACCGCUAAAAGUGCCUUAAACGAGGCUGCUCACGUCCGCGCCUCGUCUUCUCACUCGAACACCAGUCAGGAGUUCACGGACUUCAAAGGCGCCGGGGAGGAAUUCGGAGAGGACGAACGCGAGCACUUUGACUGGCACGCGCAAGCAGAGCGCGCCGGGAUUUCCCCCAAACAUCCGUCACACGUGAGCACUGACGUUCUGGCUGCACCGUGCCACCUCCACAACGGCAGCGAGGGUCCGUCCUCGUCCUCGUCCUCACCCGGGACGCCCCCUCGCCCCACUGCCGCAGAGCACACGGAGCGCAGAAAUGGAGACAGGAUUAGCCCCGCCCCCUCGAGUGAGGACGAUGAGGGCGCGCCGGUGGCCCAGCUGCCCGACUGGAUGGCACCUGGAGAGCAGGUGUGGGUGGGCACGAGGAGCGGCACAGUGCACUAUGUGGGCGGAGUCGAGUUCGCCCAGGGCAUCUGGGUAGGAGUGGAGCUGGACUGUGCUGUAGGUAAACACAACGGCACGGUGCAGGGUCGAGUGUAUUUCCGCUGCGCCACGGGUCACGGCGCGUUCGUGCGUCCGGCCUGGCUCAGUAGAUCGCCCGUCUCCAUGGACACCGACCCACAGCUCCAACCCGUACUGCUGUAGCAAAGACACGCCCACUUAUUAUGGGAUGGUUUCGGUUCAGAGCCGAUAUUUAACACAUCAUUAUCGUAUCACGAUUCUUUUAUCGGGAUCCGAAAUUCUCCACCAGGACAAACGCAACGCUGGAUUUUUUUUAUUCAUCCGUAAUAAGAGCGCUUCCUUCAUAACAUAAUACAGGGAACAUCAUAACAGUAUAGCGUGUUAAAUAUCACAGUGUAGUGUAGAACUGAUUGCCGGCACAUACCUAGCGUAGACUUUUCUCUCUCUCUCUCUUUAUUUCCCUGUGUAUUUAAGUUUUUUUGAGAAAAAAAAAAAAAGAUCCCUCUUUGAAUGUCAAAUGCACCGUUGCACAAAUUCUCCCUCACAAUACCUUAUGAUUUUUAAGCUCGAACUUAACUUCAAGCCAGCGUCCGUUUUAGGCCUUAUUUUACCACUCUGACUGAACACGGCCGAGCGAUGACGAAGUUCAGCUUCGGAGGUUGAGGCUACGAUCUGGAAAAUCCGCUGAAGUUGAGAAAGUACUACUGUUUAUUCACGUGAUGAUAUCAGGUGUUACCAAAGACGCUUCCGAUUUGCUGUUUAAAACUGAAACCGUCUGUGUUCUCCUCGUGCGUGUGUGCGCGCGUGUGUGUGUGUGUGUGUGUGUGUGUGUGUGUUAGACAUGCGCCGGUCUUAUUCCAAUAUCGUCACGAAGGCCGCGCCGUAUUUGACCAUUUUUACCGUCGAGACGAUUUUUUAAAAAUAGAUCGUCCCGACGCUCUGCCGUCAGAUUAAUCUCCUGCGGUGAAUAAGAGACUUUAUGAAGUAGCUGUCCUCACGCUGUGCUUUUAAAAUGGCACAAACGUUAUCACGGAGCACAAGCGUUUAUAUCUUUAUACGAUACUAUUUAAACACGCUUGUAGUUUUGGUGAAAAGCUCAAAGCAGCAGUGUAUUUAACUCUUUAACGCAUGCAGCAGUUCGUUUAUCUACUAUUUUUUUCUGCUUUUUUUGACAGGCAGGAAUACAGAGCUACUGUUUUCCUGCGUAACUGUAAAAAGCGGGCUUUAACUUUUACGUAACAGCAACAAGAGCGUUAAGUCCUUCCUGGAAGAUAGAACUUUUACACGAUUACUAGGUGGCAAAAAAAAACCCUCUUUGGUCUGGAAGCUCGUGGUCUGGAAGAUGCAGUCGUUUGAAUCGUAAUCUCAUGCAGUUUGUGUUAUUUUUAACUACACGAUACUUUCCACUAUUGAACAUCGUUGCCAUACGGCAACGACUGACCUAACACCUCAGUAGAGAUUAUUAAGUAUUUAUAAAAGGACCAGAGUUACGGGGAAAUCGCCUCGAUAAGCCCGUUGUCGUUGUGUUGUUGUUUUUUUGGGGUUUUUUUUUUUUAGAUAGUAAUAAAUUCACGAUUGUUGCUUCGGUUCUUUUUCGGUCGUUUCCUUUUAAAUCGAUCCGGUCGCUACACCUCAGUCGCUUCCUGAAGAUGAAUUUACGAACCUUUCGGUACUCCUGAUCGGCGCCCCCUGGUGCCCUACAGCGUGUUCGGUGGAGACGUAUUUAUUAUCCGCUAAUACGUACGGUAUGUAACGUAUAGUCAUUCAAUCCCGCCAGGAUUUCUCCAUCGCGGAAACGGAGCAAACUCCGGGAUUUUCCGAGGAGCUUGCAGUUUUUUUUUUUCCUCCAAUCAAAAUCACCGCAGAUUUGAGCAGAGACGCGUCACGUGACGCGUUCAGCCGAAGCCCUCUUCGUCGAACACGCGUACAGCGAAAAGGUCUCGUUUACCGACAAACGUCACCGCGACAGAGCGUGUGGAACAAUUUCGUGCGAUUGCGAUUUCGCCGGUCCGAGUAGUUUUACGCUAAAAAAAAAUAGUCGUGUUGCAAAUUUUGAAGCAAGCCGCGGCAGAAUCGAGCGCUUCUGAUAUCCUGUACGGACCGGAUAAAGUUUUCCAUGUCACUGCUGUAUCUGAACAUCCUACUCGCAGGAGCAUCGGCCAUUUUGAAGUGUCCGUAGCGAUACAAAAUAAAUCGCUGUCGCAUGUCGUGUGAGUGUGUGUGUGUGUGUGUGGAGAGAGAGUAUGCGUGACUGAUUCUCACUUAAGUGCCAUAUCUUUGGUUUCAACGCCUCACACUUUACGAUUGUGGUAAGAAGUUUGUAACAGGAAGUUGCCUUGUUUUCUUACUGGUUUUCUGAGUACUGUAUCUGUGUAAAGAACUUUAUUUUGGGAACUGUUGCCUGAACGCUUGCACUGGAGAGACGUGUCCUGGAUGCACAGAGCCUCCCGAGAGGCUCGAUACGGGGAGAGAGCUGCAGAUCUGACGCAUUAAAAGCACCUUGGUUCAUGCCUCGUUCCGUAACGCAGGGCGAGCUCGGACUUCGCCUCGGACACAUCGCUGACGCCGUUUGACCCGUCAGUCCCUCUUUUCUUUUCCCGUUUUUUUAAUCCGCAGCAGCUUUUCGGUUGUUUAUUUGUAUUGUGUUCUGACUAACGAGUAACAUCUUCUUACUUUGUAACGAGCAUGUGCUGAAAAAAAAAAAAAAGCAUCGUUAUCAUAUUUGAUCACGUCAUUUCUUUAUCACUGUUUCGCGUGCUAUCACGAUGUAACGACACGUAUCGGUCCGGUUGUAAAGGACACGUUACAAAGCUGCCUUCCGAUUCGUCUAAAACAAGCUGGUGUAAUGACGCUCGCAAUAACAACACUGUGUGUUAAUAUAUCACGAUCAGAUCGUAUAACUGAUAAUCAGCACAUGCCUUAUAUUAUUUUUUUUAUACUCAUGCAACUAAAUGGAUAUAUUUUUUAAAAGGUAACAGGACGAGGCGAGACGGACGCGCUCCGCCUCGUGACUCGAGGAAUCGGUGCGGUUAAAGACUAUUUUUCAGCUGAAGAACUAUCGUGGAAGUGUGUUUGUUUGUAAUGCUGUAACUGUGUGUGUGUGGAUGGAAGAAAAACCCAAGCCCUUACUCUGGAAGACAAGCUGCUCUCCUUCACGAGGACUUGUACAUAGAGCUGUAUUUGAACCUAUAUAAUGUACAGAACUGUAUUUAUAUUGUAUCGAGAGAAAAAUGGGUACAAAGAUCUUCUAGAAUACAGAACGUUUACAGUUUAAA